AUGUUGAACAUCAUCCAGAGAAAAGCGAUACCGCGCGGCGACGCUCAAUUCGAAGCCAACCGCCAGGACAUUCUCAACAAAGUGGCAGCGAGGAUCCCCAAAGAAUUACAUAUUCCCAAGAGCUUGAUAGAGAACCCGCCACUCAAUGUUACUGGCGUUCCGGCAGACUGUGGCCUUCUUACACCUGCGGAGCUCGAUAUCACGAGCAAUUAUGGCCUCGUUGACUUGGCCGAAGCCAUUCGUGUUGGGAGAUUGACAUCCGUUGAAGUCACCACAGCCUUCUGCAAACGGGCCAUGAUUGCUCAUCAGCUCACCUUCUGCCUCUCGGACAUCUACAUGGAAGAGGCGCUUUCACGAGCAAAAGAACUGGAUGAGCACCUCGCACGAACGGGGAAGGUUGUUGGUCCACUCCAUGGCGUUCCGAUCAGUGUCAAAGAGACGGUUCCAGUAGCAGGCCAGCUGUGGUCCGCAGGCCUGGCAGCCAGCCGCAUGAUAUCGCCAAAAGAUUGCCUGCUUAUCGAAACUGCUCGAGAAUUGGGUGCCGUGUUCUAUGUGAAGACACACCAGCCUGCCUUGGUCUUCAGCUUGGAGAGCACAUCUUUUCUGGGAAGGACAUUGAAUCCCCACAACAUAGACCUCUCGUCUGGUGGCUCAUCUGGAGGCGAGGGAGCUCUUCUCGCUUUACGGGGUUCGCCCUUUGGAAUAGGAAGUGAUCUCGGCGGUAGCAUUAGGAUCCCGGCCUCGUUCUGCGGCGUCUACGGAUUCAAAGCCUCGAGCGGUUUCUUGCCAAUGAGAGGAAUGCAAUUCGGACCUUCACCUCCAGAUUUGUCGUUGGAUAGCAUCAUUGGACCCAUGGGUCAUAGCCUUCGAGAUCUCGACUACUUUUUGAAUCAUGUGCUUUCGCGAAAGCUGUAUCUGAAGGACCCAGACACCCUACCCAUACCAUACACAGGUCUCGGUACCGCAAAAAGGGCCAGUACGUUGAAGGUGGGAAUUCUCAAGACGUAUGGGAUUGUUCAGCCUCAGCCGCCGGUAGCUCAGGCACUUGAAUGGGCUGGUUCACAGCUUCAACAGCACGGAUUUGAUGUCUUGCCUUACACUUUCUACAAGCCCGAACAGGCACACAAGUUGUUCAACAAUCUUGUCGUCCACGAUGGGAUGAAGGGUGCCUUGGGGGCGCUCCAAGCUGGCAAUGAACCCACCUUUCCCGUGUUCGAGGGUCUGAUAUCACACGCGUUCAGCCUCGAUCCUGAUGCUGCAAGAGGACGAGAAGAGACCGCCAUACCCAUAGCCGCGAGACGCUUCGAGCGAGACAUUUUCCGAGCACAAUUCCUCGAAGACUGGAUCUCUCAAGGCGAUCCUGAUGUUGUCAUAUGUCCAAUGUCCCCGGCAAGUGUUCAUGAUACUGGAAAUUUGAUACACAACACUAGUAAUCCGCACUUCUGGAACGUGCUGGACUACCCUGGGUUGAUAGUCCCAUCUCCAUUCAAGGUUGAAGAUAAAGUCGAAUACGACAAGGAUGUGGCUGUGCUGAGCGAGGCGGAUCGUGUGGUGAGAGAGUUAUGGUCCGGGUAUAACUACGCAGGCGCGCCUAUAAGCUUUAACGUCGUCGCCAAACGCCACAUGGAAAAUGAGCUGUUGGCAGCGGUGGGAAUGAUGCAAGAGGCUUUACAGCUCCCAUAG